AUGGCCUUCCUUUCACGCGAGACGUUUCAGAAAGACUAUCUUUUCCCGCUUGAAGCAGUACAUGACUUCGAGAAUGCUGGUAGCGCGGCUCAGUUGGCCGCCUGUCAUCCGAAAGAAUGGACGCAAGCAGACAAUGUUCUUGACUUCGGUGUUCAUCUAAACGAAAGCGACAAGCGUAGCUACGCAUCCUAUUGCACGACCAUCAGCUCCGAUAAAAAGUUGCUGGCCAUCAGCACAUCCACAGAGAAGAUAUUAGUUUAUGACAUUGCAUCCCAAGAGCUACGAGAGACCCUCGAGGGAACUGGACAAGUCUACUUUCGACCUUUUGUAAAUACGAAACCAGAUACUGGAAUUGCUGACCAGACUCACAACAAAUAUGCUGCACGCUCUACUGGUUAUACCCUUGUGAGCGUCUCAGCUACAGGACGAAACAAGGCAUCAACACCCAACCAGCUAAUUCUCUGGGAUCUGGACCAACACGGGCGCAUCCUUGACAAAGAAGAAGGGAUCGACGCUAACGCUCUUGCCACAAAAGCAAUCAAUGCCAUUGCUCCAGAACUGGAAAGGCGCCAUGAAUGGACCCAAAACUUUAUCCAUACUUCCACACUGCACGCCAUGUUUGCAGAGGCACUGAAUCAAGUUGCCACAGACUAUCGCACGCGGCACAAUACCAUUUUUGAUGACGCACAACUAGGAGCCUUUGGUUCGGUGUCUAUGAGCAAUGAUGGCAGGUUGUUUUUGUACCAUUCAAACAACAAUUCAACCCAGCAAGGUUCUCGUGAGCCAGACGAACUACCACAGGUGGUCGUCUACGAUUUGGAUGAAGGCAUCGAACUCCAUCGUCUUACUGGACACACUGAUGCUAUUAUGUGGUCUGCUAUCAGUCCGGACAGCACUCACAUUGCAUCUGUAUCCUGGGAUGGUAGUUUACGCGCAUACUCUGCCCUUACUGGAAAGCUUGAGUGGGCUGUCGGAUGCUCAAAAGAGCAAAGCUGGGCAGGUGCAUUCUCGUCGGACUCGCGUUUCAUUGCCUGGACCUCCAAAUGUGGUCAGGUCGUUCAGGUACACGAUGUGUUUGAUGGAAAGAAGCUCGCCACUUUUCCAGUAAAGCUAUCGGACUGGUGCAGAUCUCUCCAGUGGCAUCCUCGUAAGGCUCAACUUGCUUUUUGCGCUGGAAAAGAUGCUUAUCUGUGGGAUGUCCUCGAUGGGCCUGACGGCAAAAUGUUGCAACACUUUCAGAUUGACGAAGACUGCGGCACGGGCAGUCGAAUGGUCUCCAUUCAAGAUAUUGGUUGGAUGGAUCGAGAGCCCACGCUGUAUCUCGAAAUCUCAGAGGGAACAAAGAUUGUUUACAAUAAUGAGAGUAACGCCAAAGAGAUGUUCAGACGACCUGCUGGUGUUACGACGGGGUACGUUGAUGGCGGGAUGUACGGAGUCUUCUCGAAUGAUGCAGGAGAUGAGUACUAUAUCAGCAUUGAUGGUGAUGCAAAGGUGCGGUACUGGCGACGAGGUAUCGCUGCCUCCACAUCUUGGUGGGAGAAAGAUCCUGGCCCUGUAGCCAGUCCGAAAAAGAUAUUCCCCGAUACUGGAAAGUACGUUAAGAUUGUCAGAUCCGCCAGUAAAUCUACAGAAAAACAGUAG